AUAAGGUCCGACUGUUGAACACUGGUGGGCAUUAUGGAAAACGAGAAACGCUUCCUGUGACUCGUAUUGACACUUGCCAAAACCGCGAAAAAUGUUAAUAACUCCUCUAUGUCUUUUAAAUACACUACGAGGGAAAGGAGGGAAAAUGGAAAAACGCCUGUAUACGUGGCUAUUACGCCGACGACUCGUUUCUUUGAAAUACAGCUCCUAGUGUGCGCUGGGGUGUUUUCUAAUAGAUCUGUCAAAUAAGAAAUGUGUGCACAUAAUACAUUUGUAUUGAACCACACAAAACCUGCAUUGAAUGUAACGCGUCUCUAUACAAUCAUUACGAUCAGUUCAGUAAAAUGUACGAAUAUAAAGCUAAAAAUGUUUCAGACAGCGAUGACUCAGCGAUGACUCAGCGAUAAUAAUAAGAUUCAAUCCUUUUAACUCUUGCUAAAUUCUGUGCUGUUGAUAAAUUUCAGUUGCCUGUAAAAUUAGUUAGACAUGGCGGUCAAUCAUGCAAAAUUCUUAUAAGCUUCAACUUUGAUUUCACCCACAAUCAAAACAACUCACUUCGAAGAAUUUAUCUCUGGCGCUCGCAGGAAAGUCGAUUACCCAGCUAUAGUGGGCAGCGCUAUGCGUGACACGAGCCUAUUUCUACCAGCCAUCAAAGGAAUGAUAAAUACAGUAAUGACGAUAUUCACCCAAUAGCAAAAGGACAGGAUGUAAAUAAAACGUUUGAUGAAUUGUCUUGACCGGAAUGAGCUAUCAUCGUAGAAGAUUGAUAAAGCUGACGGGAGCACUCCGUCAUCAAAUCGUACAACUUGAGCGUCGAGAACAAGGAAUCGACAAUCCGGAAAACUCAACUGAAGGAGAUGAAUUCGGUGUGAUACCGUAACUUGAAGCAGAAAAGCAACAUUUUCAUUGGUGAUCCAAAAUAGGAUAUCGAAAAAGAUAUUCUAAAAGAUAUGACUUAAAGAAUUCGAGCAUAAUGAAGACGUUUUUACUCUCCGUGGCUAUUUUUUCAUUUUGCACGUGUCAGUCAGGAGGUCAGCAUUUAGAAUUCCUGAACCUGUCUAGCUGGACACGUUGCUCUUCACUGUGUUGGUGUGCGGACGAUAACCACGGUCGUGUCUACGGACGGUGCUCAGUGGAUAAGCAGAAUGAAUCCGUGGAUUUCAACUUGUCAAGGCAACUUUAUUCCUUGUCACUUGCUAAUAAUGGAAUCAGUGUUAUCCCCGCGGGAAUCUUCAGAAAACUGGACAACCUUGAGUUUCUGUCCCUAGCCAACAACAGCAUCGAAAUCAUCCAGGAAAACUCAUUUCAAGGCUUGAACAAUCUUCACACUUUAGAUCUUCAAAAUAAUAAUGUCAAAGAAUGGAAGGGAGAUCCGUCGAGAGAUUUGCCACUGUUAGAAAAUCUUAAAAUGAACGGAAAUGAUGAUUGGAUACCAAGUCAGUGGCUUUUAAAGUUGCCCAUGCUCAAGAAGAUCCUAGGGAUCACGUGGAGCAAACACUGCUCCACAUGUGAUCUAAUUAAGAUCUUGAAAAAUGAAACGCAUUUAGAUGAUGACGAAAUGGGCGAUGAGGAGGACAGUGGGGACGGGUUUAGCGGUGAAGAUGACGAAGAGAUGACGUGUUACGUAACUUUAAAAGAUUUUUAUUAUCACAAAGAAGUAGAAUAUGGCGUUUCGGCACAGUUCGUGAAACAAGGGUUCUCACCACAAUGUUUCUGUGACUACAACUCGGAAUGCUACAACUAUGACGUCAUAGUACCGUACCUGAGACAGCUAUACAGCAUGCCUCGGAAGCUGUUUCUUUCCCAGUAUGCAUUGGGGGGAUUGAUCAUCGUCCUUAAUCUUAUCGUCCUGGUUGUGAUUAUCUCUUCAAAAUUGCUCAGGAACAACAGUUCGUUUAUCUUAGUUGGCAGUGUGGCGUUAAGCGACCUUCUCAUUGGCGUACAUGGCGUGGCGAUUGCCAAAAACAACUUAUUCAGUGACUCAUACAACGUUAAGCCACGCGCUAUUAUGGACAACGAUAGCGAUACCUCGAUUUGCACGUACAUGGGAAUGAUAUUCACUGUAGGUCAAGUCACCGCCGUUAUUAACUCAUUGAUGUUGACUUUAGAAAGAUACCUAGUCAUCGUUUACUUCCAGAGAUGCAGAGGUAAGAUCGAGAAGAGAACGUUGAUCGCUCUCUUGUCCUUUGUAUGGAUAGCCGCUAUCGUCUUUGCAAGCUUGCCUCUGUUGGGUGUAAAAACGCUGAAAUACCACAAGUGGUUUCAAUGUACCAUGCCUUUUCAUAAGGGUAAGGUUAUCCUAGAGACAUCAAACGUCACCUUGAGCAUUUCUGGUUUAUUCGUGUUCCUUUAUUUAAUUAGCCUGGGACUGUACGUUUUGAUCUUCUGCUAUGCAAGGAAAUCCAGUGUACAGUUCGGAAUUAAACGCGAAGCGAGGCUAGCGAGAAAAAUCGCAGUGCUGGUGUCAUCUAAUUUUAUCUUGUUUACUCUGCCUACUGUUCUUUUACUGGUCUACGUAUACUCAUUCUUGGACGUUCUGCAUAUGGCUAAGUCAUUCUCGAGCGUGCGCUCUUUGUUUAUUGUUGGUGGUUGGCUUCCUGUCACGUGCUUUAACCUGAACUCGCUGGUGAAUCCGUUUCUUUACCCAUUCAGACACAGUCGUUUCAAGAAGGAAAUACGCUCGCUUCACUCUAGAUUACGAAGUAGCGUCACCCAUACGUUUUACCCAGUGGUGGUAACCGCACAUCAACUGAGCUUGCGAACGUCUGCUCUCAGCCAACAGAUACGUCAUCAGUUCCAUUCCUUCACGACUCGCAGGGAAGAGAACUCGGUACAAGUUGAGUUUGAGCUUGGGUUGCAAGAAGGACGAAAAGACUCAGUUUGAGACCCUUACUAUUCGUGGUUACAAAACAUUCGCAAAAUAUCUAACCAGGCAAUACUAGGCAAAAAAAGUCCAAGUUUGGAAAAUCACAGGAGAAAAAGUUUUCAAAAAGUAGAUCACUUUAACAGGAGCAGCAAAUUUCCAUACUCUGGCUCAUCGGUAAUCAACGCGGUUGAAAUUGACCCGCGCCUCUCAAGGAAAAGGAUGCGUAACUUUAGUAAAAAAUCGAGUUAAUGCAGUCUGGUUUGUAAGUGUCGAAAUACAUGAUCAACACUUAGUGUAAACUCCACUUUAAGUUACUUUAAGUUCGCUGGGUUUCUCAGGCAAGUCGAUUUAAGCUUUGCUUUUUGUAUAAAAACACACAAAAACCUUACAAAACGGGUCGACGUUGGUGGAAGGAAGUCGUGGGGACAGAAGACACAACCAGGCAAGUGGGGAAUAAGCGCUAAUCGCUAAUUUAAUAAGUAGUGAAGAACGUUCUUUGGUUAAAAAGAUUAAAACAUAAGCUUUCCGCUUUCAGUCUAUAGCCUUUAAAGAAUGAAGAUGUUGGCGCGCGAAUCGAGCUGUUUUAAUCAUUUUAACCACUGAACGUUUUUCAGUACUGUUUUAAUUUGUCCUACCCUGGUUACAGCUCUAUGUUUACUCGCCAAUCAUUAAGUUACUCAUCACAAUUAUAGACUGUACAGUCUGACAGCAGAGUGAUAAAACAGCUUGAGUAAUCUGUGUACAUAAGGAAACGAUGAACAACCAAAUAUUCGACGGUCUUCUUUGGUUGUCUUCAGAGAAUGGCUCUGCAAGAAUAACAGAAUUCAAAUAUUAAGACGCUAUUGUUUAAGACGCUAUUGUUUGCUGUCCGCUAGGGAGGAGAUCAGAGAUCAGGCAUACAACCUUACGAAAGGUGCUAUUUUGUUAACAGGUUUUUUUUUUCUCGGAAUGAAUGCAGCGACUAUAAGAUAACCUUUUUUAUUUUUUUUCCUUAAGCAUCUGAGCGGGCCGGAAUCCUAAAUCCUCGAAUUUGAUUGGCUAAUUAUACGCACGUGACCGGUCCAGCUUUUUACGAUACGGCCCACGGGCCGAAUUUUUUUGCCGCUGCCUAAAAUUUCGCACCUUAAAGUUAGUGGUAAUCGUCAAUCUUUUGCCUUUUUUACACAUCCAUCGACGAUUAGUCAACGCAAGUUUAUCUCU